GUAACGGUAAUUUUAAAUGAAAGUUAUGGUAACCUUUUUUGUCGACGAGUUAAAUUUGAUAAAAUUGACGGCGUAUUAUAGUGGAACCCCAUUGUAUCGUGCUAUUCAUUGUAUCGAUCUAUUUACAAAUCUCGCGAUAUUUUGCAAAGUGCGCCACCUACUGACUGUUUACAUUUACAACAGUGUCACGUCAUACUUUCGCUUUCGUUUUCUGCCGUAGAAAUCAUCAAAAACAUGUUUCGAGUAGUGGAACCUGAAGUCAAGAAGAGACGUCUGUUGUAUGACAGAUCUAAUCUCCAGAGAGCAUUUGAAGCCACUCAGAAGGGUAUUUCUGCAUAUAGGGCUGCAAAGAUGUAUUCUGUACCUCCAACUACAUUGUGGGACAGGAUAAGUGGCAGGGUUAAAGCUACUGCUAGAGUUGGCCAUGAGACCAUUUUCACUCAGGAAGAGGAGCAGAAGUUGUACAACCAUAUAACCUACAUGGCUGAAAUUGGAUAUGGCUACAACAAGAUGUCACUUCAGUACUUGGCAAAGGACUAUGCAGAUUCUUUGGGCAAAGUUGUAAGGGCUGACAAGUCACUGAGUGAUAAUUGGUUUUAUGGGUUCACCAAAAGAUGGCCAGAUCUUAAGACUGUAAAGGCACAAAAAUUAUCCAUUGCUAGGGCAAAAUCAGCUUCAAGAGAAACACUUAACAAAUAUUAUGAAGAGCUUGAAACAGUCUUAAUAUCAAACAAUAUUAAAGAUAAACCAAACAAGAUUUUUAAUAUAGAUGAAACCGGUGUAAAUACAGAACAUUCACCUCCCAAAGUAAUUUGUAAGAAAGAUACUACAGCCCAAAAUAUUACAUCUGCUAGAUCGUCAACAAUCACAUUGAUAGCUGCUGGAAAUGCAUUCGGUCAAAGUAUACCACCUUAUUAUGUAUUUCCAGGUCAGAGGUGGAAUGAAGAUUUUCUGAAAGGGUCAUGUCCAGGGUCAGCAGGAGAGAUGUCGAAAACUGGUUGGUCAAACUCUGAUGUAUUUUUGAAUUACCUGACAAAACAUUUCAUUUCCUAUGCAGCAACAACUGAUUCUGACACACCUACCCUCCUGUUAUAUGAUGGCCACAGAUCACACAUUUCAUUAACUUUAGCUGAAUGGGCCAAAGAACAUAAUAUUAUUUUAUUUGUGUUGCCUCCUCAUUCCAGCCAUCUAACACAACCUCUAGAUGUUGGCAUAUUUGGACCCUUUAAAAAAAAUGUACAACCACAAAUGUCAGAAAUAUUUGAAACUUAAUCCUGGAAUAAAUAUAACCAAGUAUGACAUUGCCCAGCUCACAUCUAAACCAUAUCUUAAAGCUCUUCUAACACCAGAAAACAUCAUCUCUGCUUUCAGACGUACUGGCAUAUUUCCCUUUAAUAAAACAAAUAUUGCUGACUCACAAGUAGCUCCAUCAAUUAUUUAUAAAGAGUCUGAGGAUAAUGUCAAGGAGAGGAUGAAACAACUUCCACCAAUAUUGUCACUACCUCUGUUGAAUCACAAAAUAAGUCUCCUGCCACCACUUUCUUCUCAGUAAGAACAAUUAAAAAGGCUGUAAAGCCAAAACAAAGAAAGUUUGUACCCCCAUUUAAGGUUUCUGGUAAUCUGUUACUUGACAAGAACAUUGAAAUUUUGACAAAUGCGUCAGUCAAGCAGAAUACCAGUACUACCAAGCACAAGAACCAGCUUAGUACUAGUGAGCCAAAACCAAGCACAUCUGGUCUUGUAAAAAGUGGUGGUCCAAUCAAUUUGGAGGCAGAAGAUGCUGAUGAAACUGAAGAUGAAACAACAGAUGAUGAGAGGUGCUGUGUAUGUAAUAGGUGGGAGCCAGCAGACUUACAUAAACACCCGUUUGUCACUAUUGUUUCAUGGGGAAAAUGUGACCACUGUUCCCACUGGACUCAUUUAAAAUUUUGCAGCACAGUGCGAGUGUUAAGACGUAAAAGUGAGUUCAGAUGCCCUCACUGCCUGCCAAAAGAUCAUUAAAUAGAAAGCAGAAAUAGACUUGUAAAUAAUGUGUUCUUGUUACAGACUGUUACAAACUGUUAAAAGUUCAAAAAUUUAUGUUGAAAUUUUUAAGACAGACAUCUUUGUUUCUAAUUGACUAAAAAUGUUGCAUAACGACGGUUUAGGCUUUCCAUACUUUGACUUGCUGAGUAAUUCUCACAAUGCAUCGAUAUAAUGGCGUGACCUAAGGGGGCAGGGGACAUAUUCGAAUGAUGGCCCCGGUCAAAUUUUUUAAUAACUCAGACAUGGUGUUUUGAAGGUACUGAUAACUUCUGAUAUUUCUAUGUCAUUGUAAUUCUUUCUUGUUUGUGUGUAGGAAAUGAGAUAUAUUUUUGGGUUUUUACCCGAAACUAAGCAUUUUGGUAGCUUUGUAUGUAUUUCUGACUCUCCGAAUGGAGGUGAAAAAGUUAAAAAUCAAGCUUUGACAGUUGGCGCCAAACAAGUAAGAAAUUUCAGAUAAAUUUUGUGAAAAAUCUAAACGUAUGACAGACACUUUAUUUGUCAUUUCUGAAAAUGCCAUAGCUUGCACUGAGUGUUACUGAUAUUUUUAAAGGAAUCGGGCGGAUUCUGGAGUAUGCUGCACCUUCAUGAAGAUUGCCCAUAUUGGUAUAUUUUAGGUGUGAUUUUGGCUGGGUGGGGGUAAAUAUAAAUUUCUGUCAGUUAUUUUUUGAAGGAGCAAUGCAUGCAAACUAUUAUUUUCUUCAAUGUAUGUCAUAUAUCAUUGAAUAAUGCUGUGCAACUGGUUAUCUGCCUGUGAAACAGAUUUUGAAAUAUUUGGAAUCGUGUUUCUGGUCACACUGAAAUACAAAAUUUUUCAUUUUUAGCUCGACUUUUCUAUGAAAAGGGGAGCUAUCCUACUCGCCCCGGCGUCGGCGUCGGCGUUGGCGUCACACCUUGGUUAAGUUUUUCGUACCACCCCACUUUAUUUCAGAAGUAUUACAAGUAUGGCUUUGAAACUUACCAUACUUGUUCACCAUCAUAACCUCCAUCUACAGACAAGAGUACAUAACUCUGUCAAGGUUUUUGACAGAAUUAUGGCCCUUUUUUGACUUAGAAAGUGUAUUGAGCUUGGUUAAGUUUUUUGUACCACCUCACUUUAUUUCAAAACCAUUGGAGGUAUUGCUUUGAAACUGACCAUACUUGUUUACCAUCACGACCUUCAUCAACAGACAAGAGGACAUAACUCUGUCAAGGUUUUUGACAGAAUUAUGCCCCUUUUUGACUUAGAAAAUACAUUGAAUAUGGGUAAAAUCCACUUAUUGCCUUAACCCUUUGAGAUAUUGCUUUGAAACUUUUAAUGCUAUUUCACAUCAUUACCCCCAUCUGUACGCAAGAGAAGGUAACUCUGUCAAGGAUUUGUUUUAAAAAUUAAGGCCUUUUAUCGACUUAGAAUCUUGGUUAAGUUUUUAGUACCAGUCCACUUUUUGACUGAACUGUUUGAGAUAUUAAUUUGAAAGUUGGAAUACUUGUUUACAAUCAUGAUUCCCAAACAUGUCCAGGAGAAGGUAAUUCUGUCAAAGAUUUUAUUUGAAUUAUGGCCCUUAACUGUCAAUGUUUUGUAUUAUAGGCAAGCACUAAAAAACUCAACUCAGUUUUUUUUUCUUUCUUACCAGCCCUCUUUUGACUUAAACAUUUCAAACUUUGCUGCAGUGUUCAAGGGUAUCACACAAUUCAGUAAAAUAAUUCUUCAAUAAAUAUCUUAAUGCUCAUGGCCAUUGUUCACUUUAAAAAUACAGAGAUUCUUGUAUUGCCUUUUACUGCAAAAACUUUUUUUAUUGGCAAGCAAUAAAAAAGUCGAGCGCGCUGUCUUACGGACAGCUCUUGUUAGGUCCCCUGCCCCCUUAAGGAAAUUUUCAAAUUUAUAAAAUUUGUUGGAAUUGACCCAAAUGUGCCCAUAAACAUUCCUUCUACAUUUGUUAGUCAAAAUUUGAAGUGACUGGUAGGAUUUAUCAAGUUAUGUAGAGUAAGUAGACUGUCAAGUCAAGGGAGGUAAUAAAAAUUUGGAAUUUUGGCAAACACUGUACUUCACAGAAUGUGCACAUUUAUCCAGAUUUAACAGUUUUAUAUUGUGCAAAUUGACAUAAUAAUGCAUAAUUGAGCACUUUCAAUUGUUACAAAUGUUUAUAAUGUCAUAUAAGUCAACAGUGGUAUCUUUACUGCACUUUUAGGUGUAUGCCAGUCUGGUUUCCUGUAAAAUUCAUUUUGGGACAUUAAAUGUGGCUGUAAUAUUGUUUUUCUUGCUAUAAUCUCCUUCCAAAAGACUUUAAAUACUCUGAAAAUACUUUAUGGUAUUUAAAUGAAGGUGGAAUACAGAAAAAUAACCAUCUCACAGGUUCCUGGCACUUGAUAUUAAGUAAAUCAUAUAACAGGCAUGGUCAUUGUACUAGUUACUUCCCCUGAAAUAGGGUCUUUUUUUAAAUAUUUGAUUAAAUACAAAGUAACCCAAAUGUGCCC